AUGACUUUUAGCACCAUUCAAGAAGAAGCAAGAGUCCAGGAUACCGUAGGAGUAUUCCUUCUCGGUGCUCCGCUGUAUGCAGGGUCGGUUCUGCAUAAGGAUGGCCACUGUAUGAAACUAUUAACUGCACUUAAAACAAAAUUACCCCUUAGGGGUGACAACGGCACAAAGACAACCAUAUAUGUUGCCUUCGAAAUCAUCACUGGUUGGAAUAUGGAAGGUUGUAUGACGAAAAGAAAUUUCGCAAAUGGCGGGUGA